AUGGCAUUCCGAAGCGGCUCUCUCGUUGCUCUCAUCUUCCUUGUAGCAUUGGCUGUCAGUGCCGGCACUUGUUCUGCGGCGAGACCUGAACCCUACGGCGGGAAGAACCUGAACUUCAUCCGCUCUUCCUGCGGCGCGACGCAGUACCCGAGCCUCUGCUUCAGCUCUCUGUCAGCGUACGCGAGCACGAUCCAAAGGAGCCCGGUUCAGCUGGCUCAGGCGGCGCUCUCGGUGAGCCUGACCGGCGCGCGCACCACCGCCGCCACCAUCACCAAGCUGCUCAAAGGCAGCGGGGCCGCGGUGGGCGCCAGGGAGGCGGAGGCCAUGAACGACUGCUUGGAGAACAUGGGCAACUCGGUGGAGGAGCUCCGGGACUCGCUCAAGGAGAUGGGGCAUCUCAAGGGCAAGGACCUGCGGCUCCGCGUCAACGACAUGCAGACGUGGGUGAGCUCCGCGUUGACCGACGAGAACACUUGCAUGGAAGGCCUUCCCACCACCGCCAGCAUGAAGGUUGGUGUGCGAGGCACCAUCAGAGGCGAGAUCGUGAAGGCCGUGCAGCUGACGAGCAACGCCUUGUCAUUGAUCAACGGCCUCUCCGGCGUUUAG